AUGGUAGGGACGGCUGCGGAAAGGUGUACCGCGCUUGAGCAGACCGUGGGGGAGAUGCAGGCGGCGAUCGAGGAGCUGCGCGGCAGGCAGCAGGCGGCGGACCUCAACCUCCGGGCGCUAGGCGAGCGUUUCACCGGGGUGGACCAGGGCCUCCACACGUUGGGCUGCCGGUUUGACAGGGUGGAGCGAGCCAUCUGUGACCUUCUCAAGGGCAAGGGGCUGGUGAACGACGGCGACACCAGUGGCGCUGGCGAGAAGGAGACGCCAGCCGCGAAGGACGGCGAGCGUCGUGGUUCCUCGGCGUCGGGAGACUCCGGGCGACGGCUCGACUUCGGGUGCUCCAGCGGGGGUGAGCCGAAGAGCGGGGAGGCCUCCAGAGGGGCCGAUGGCGGCAGGAGCAGCGGCGGGGGAUUCCUCGCCAAGCUAGCUCGGCUUGAGUUUCCGCGGUUUGCAGGGGAGGAACCAGGGGCGUGGUUUCCUCGAGUCGAACAAUUUUUCGAGUAUCACGAGGUUCCAGAGGAGCAACGGGUUUCGUUGGCUUCGUUCCACCUGGAGGGUGAGGCGAACCAAUGGUGGUAG